CCAAUCCAAAAUUAAGUGCAUACCAAUACCCCAUCACCUAUUAUUUCUCUUCAAAAAUUCCAACAAUGGCCUCAGCUAAAUUCUCUCUAACCUCUGUUUUGAUGACGGUUCUCGUCUUCACCAUGGUUCUCUCUCCCAUGACGAUUCCAACUGCCAAUGCUACCCGUGUGCUUCUACAGCAAAUUAAUAGGCCGCCGAUAUGCCCGGCCUGCGUGUGCUGCGAGCCAGCACCGGCGGGAUCCUGUUGCCGGUGCUGCGCUUCUCCGAUCCAGACUUCAUCUCAGAACGGGUCGCCAUGAAAAAAAAACUUGCUGCUCUGUCCAUGGGAGUACACACAUUAAAGGAUUUGAAGAUGCUUUGAGAAUAAGGAGAAGUUCACUCUCCAUGCAAAAAAAUAAAAAAUAAAAAAAUGUAGAUUUGUUUUAAUUUGGUUAAUCUCUGAUUAAUAUUGUUAUAUGAUGUUAAUGAAGUCAGGUUGAUACUCUAAGAAGAAUAAAAGAGUGAAAAUAAUAUAGUUCAAA